UCCCGCGACGCUAUGGGCGACUUUGCCCCGCCGCCACCAGUCUACGAGAGUCCAUCGGAUCGCCGGAGGGCGCUGACAGAAUCUGCGCGUGUCACACGCCGUGGAGGAAAGGAAGGAGUACCAGGAGUUCGACCCGAGUACGUCGCAAUCCUGCCGCCAUCGAGGCCUAUUAAGCCUCAAACGCAGGAAACCAGGUCCAGAGUAAGGCAACCUCGGCGUCACUAUGAAAUUUGGUGGGAGAGGGAAGCGGAGCUACCGGCAUUGAUCUCAGCAGCAUGGCAGGAAGCUGGACAGAAAGGUGAUCUGGGCAGUGUGCGAAGGAGCCUAGAAGAGGUUAUGAUUGUGCUCCAAAAUUGGAGCAAGAAGAAAUUUGGGAACGUGUUGAAAGAACUGGACAAGUGCAGGAAACAACUGGAAGAACUCAUGUGGUUGAACAAUGACCGUGAAGCUAUUAGGAAAGUGUCUGGCCAGAUGAAUGAAUUGUUAUAUAAGGAAGAAAUGCUCUGGCUGCAAAGGUCAAGGGUCAACUAGCUUAAAGAAGGUGAUCAGAAUACAAAGUACUUUCACCAAAAGGCAGUAUGGAGGGCCAGGAAAAACAAAAUCAAGAAACUCAAGGAUGUCGACUGUGUUUGGAAGGAUGUGCCAACGGAUAUGGAACGGAUGACCACCUCUUACUUGAACUAUUUACCCGUGACCCUAAAAUUGAAUUUGGUGAGCUUUUGAACCUAUUGCAGGUGCGGGUCUUGCCGGAGAUGAAUGAGAUCCUGUGUAAGGAAUUUACCGAGGAGGAGAUUGGUGAUGCCCUUUUCCAGGUAGAGCCUCUAAAAGCUCCUAGCAUUGAUGGGUUCUCGGCACGCUUUUACCAAAGGAAUUGGGCAACUCUGAAAGCUGAGGUGGUGAAUGCAGUAAAACUCUUAUUUCCUUACAGGGAAGAUGACAUAGGAUGUGAAUGAUACACCUAUAGUUCUGAUUCCAAAAACUGAACAUCCUGAGACAACCGGGGAUUUUUUACCUAUAAGCUUGUGCUUUGUCCUAUAUAAAAUCAUAGCCAAAUGCCUGGUGAACCGGCUUAGAUCAAUCUUGGGUGACAUCAUCUCCAUUAAUCAGAGUGCCUUUGUCCCAGGGAGACUAAUAACGGAUAAUGCACUGGUAGCCUUUGAGUAUAUGCAUUUUAUUGAGCAUAAUACGAAGGAAGAUCGGAAUUUUUGAGCUUAUAAACUGUACAUGUUGAAGGCAUAUGACAGGGUGGACUGGGGAUUUCUCCGGAACGCGAUGGAAAUGUUGGAUUUUGCUCACAGAUGGGUGGACUGGAUAAUGUCAUACGUCACCAUGUGAGAUACUCGAUGAAAUUUAAUAGAACCCUCCUAGAUUCGUUUUCCCCUUCUCGUGGUAUGCGACAAGGUGAUCCCCUUUCCCCCUUUUUGUUCCUUUUUGUUGUUGAUGGAUUGCCAGCUUUGCUGCAAAAGAGCGUGCAGGAACAGCAAGUCCAGCCCUUAAGGAUAUGCCGAAGAGCCCCUGGAGUCUCGCACCUCCUGUUCGAGAUGAUAGCUUACUCUUUUUUAGAGCCAAGGUGGAGGAAGUGGAGAGAAUUCGUGGUGCCAUGGAAGUUUAUGCAAAUAGCACGGGCCAGCUAAUCAACCCUAGAAAAUGCUCCAUCAUGUUUGGUGUCUUGUGACAUGGAUGAUAGGGUGGUGGUGAAACAGGCGCUGGAGGUGACCCAAGAAACUUUCGAAACUAAGUACUUGGGGCUCCCCACUCCAGAGGGUCGGAUGAACAAGGGGAAAUUCAAAAGUCUCCAGGAUAAACUUCUCAAGCGCCUAAUUCAGUGGGGCAAAAUCUUCUUGUCACAAGGAGGGAAGGAAGUACAUAUUAAAGCAGUUGCCCAGGCACUCCCAGUUUAUGUUAUGGGCAUUUUUAAGCUCCCCUUUGGGCUUCUAGAAGAAUUGACAAAGAUGAUUCGGGACUUUUGGUGGGGAUCAGAGAAGGGGAGACGCAAAACCCACUGGAUCUCAUGGGAUAGCAUGCUUAGACCAAAGGAGCAUGGUGGCAUUGAUUUUAAGGACAUGCGGCUAUUUAAUCAGGCCCUUCUUGCUCGUCAAGCAUGGCGGCUAAUUCAGCAACCUAAUACACUUUGUGCCCAAGUCCUCAAGGCAAAGUACUUUCCCCAUGUUAUUCUAAUGGAUACGACCUUUUCUAGUAAUGCAUCAUCUAACUGGAGUUCUAUUGAGUAUGACCUCGAGCUUCUGAAGAAGGGUAUCAUCUGGCGGAUUGGCAAUUGAGCCAGUGUACGGGCUUGGCGCGAGCCUUGGAUCCCAGGAGAAUCGUUCCUGCGACCGUAUAGUAAGAGGACUGAUGCCGGCUUUGGUGGGUUGCAGAUUUCUUAAAACCUGACGGAUCCUGGAAUGUGGAACUUCUGCAACGAUGGUUUAUGCCGAUGGAUGUGCAGGAUAUUCUCAAGAUAAAGGCAUCAACUAGGAAUGAUAGUGAUUUCCUAGCAUGGAACCCGGAGAAGAAUGGAGUCUUUACAGUCAAAAGUGCAUAUCACCUAGCCUUUGAAGAACAGCUUCGCCAAGAUGGUCGCCAUGCAACGAGUAUGAACCCGCUUGGCCAAAGUGCAUACUGGAAGCUCAUUUGGCAGUGGUACCAGCCAAAGUUCGCAUUUUCGCAUGGAAGCUGGCACGCAAUGCAAUAGCAACCCAAGCAAACAUGGCGCGUCGUGGCAUGGAGACGCUGGCCACCUACACAAUCUGUGGCCGUGAGGAUGAAACAUCUUACCAUGCUAUGCUCAAAUGCCCACGCGCUCGGGCUCUCUAGGAGGCUAUGGGCGAGGAGUGGAGUUUUCCAUCUGCAGACCUGUUCUUCGAGACUGCAGACCUGUUCUUCGAGAAUAACCCCGACUGGUUCCUGCAUAUGAUCAGGAGAGCUGAUGUAGAUCAACGUGUGGCAUGCAUGAUAACCUUUUGGCGCAUAUGGCAUGUCCAUAACGAAAUCAUGCACCAAAAGAAGCCUCCCCGAUUGAAGCAUCCAAGCAGUUCCUCACCAGCUGCAUUCGGUCCUUAAUGCUGAUCAAGCGAAAUCCCGUAGUAGAUGUAAACAAAGGGAAGCAAGUGAUUGAUCUUCCGCCGGGUUUUGGCAAACGGAGGGAGGAAACCACAGUGAAAUCGCAUGGUAAGCACAGUGAAACCCCCUGAGAUUGGCAUGCUCAAACUGAAUGUGGAUGGCAGAUUCUCCGAGGAUGGGGAGCGGGUACAGGCAUGAUCCUGAGAGAUCACAAGGGCGAGGCGGUUUUUGCAGCGUGCAGGUGCUUGAAGUCGUGUACUAAUGCCCUGGAUGCUAAACUUGCAGCCAUGGAGGAAGGGCUGACCCUGGCCCUUGCUUGGGAGCCUGGUGAUCUGGUAGUGGAAACGGAUUGUGCUGAAGCGAUUAAGCUGGUGACAAAGGGGUGCCAAAGCUGUCCAGGUACUCGAUGCGAGUGCAAGUGAUUCGUGAGAAUAUUAGAGAGAGAGAGAUAGCUAUUAAAAAGUA